AUGAAAUUAUUACUUUUAUUGGUUUUAACAGUUUUAAUAAAUUAUGUCCAAUCACAAUUGGUUUCUAUAACACCAUAUGUAAACUCAUGUAGCGAAAGUGAGUCGUUUGGUAUUGGUUAUCAAUUGCCAGUUUCUGAAUGCCUUACAAUUGGUGAUAAUAGUUUAUAUUUAGUAUUGUCAAAUGAUAAACAAGUAGUCAGAUCCUAUUGGUUACCAAAUUGUACUACUCCAUUAGAUUUUGGUAAUGCUAUCGAGUUUACUUACAAUAUUAAUAGUUGUAAUACCUUCAAGAUUCCAUAUACUGCUGGUCUCUUAUCAUCCAUCAGUUUAAAUGCAACUAUUCCAAACCAAGCUAUCGUAUACAACUAUUAUUAUGAAUCAUCAGGAACUAAAUGUUUAGGCCCAUCAUACAAAGUAUUCUACACCAACAACUAUUCAUUCGAUGACCAAAAUGAAGCAUACAAUAAAUACACAUGCACAAAGAAUGAACCAAGUCUUUACACAUGCAAUAGAAAUGGUGAAUGUGAAACUGAAAAUUUAGGUGGUGGUUGUCAAAACAAUUGGUAUUCUGUAUACCCAUACAUUGUUACAUGUUAA